GAAGGAGGAGAGGAAAGCUAAUGAGAGAGGAGACAUGGCCAGGGUCCUGGCCUUGGGGAGUGGGAUCCAGGUCCUGUGUCUUGUAGGGACCAGAUGCCAAGGAUCCAGCAGAGGACUUGCCGGGGACAGUGGAGUUGCCAGAAGUUACCAGAAGAUAUGAAGAUUGGAGCUCUGGCUGCCAUCUUGGACCGUGAGGAUGAAGAAUGUGGAGGGGGACAGCUUAAAAGAACUUGAUUCUUGAUGACCUUGUGGUGCCACCCCAGGAGCCCUGGAUUGCUUGCCUCUGGACUUCAUUUACAUAUGAGGUGGUGACCUGAAUUUUCAGGGAAGACGUCCACCAGAGCCACCGCGAGCUGUGAGAAAUAGUUUGGCGGGGCCGCUCGCGCUGGCUCCAAGCGAGCUGGCCAGUUGAAGCCACUGUGUCCUCUGCUGGCUUCCGGCUCUUCUCUCUCUUGGCUGCAUUUGGGGCCAAAGUUCCAGGCUGCAGGCAAUAACAUGAUGCCAUGGCUAAGAGGAUGGGUCCUCAAGGUGCUGAGAAGUGCCCGGGGAUUCUGUGGGCCUCACGGGCAGCAACCACCUCUCCCUGACCCUCAGAAAAUUGUGGCCACCUGGGAAGCCAUCAGCCUGGGGAGGCAGCCAGUGCCUGAGUACUUGAACUUUGCCCAUGAUGUGCUGGACAUGUGGAGUCAGCUGGAAAAGGCUGGGCACCGGCCCCGGAUCCCCGCAUUCUGGUGGGUCAAUGGCAAGGGAACAGAGGUCAAGUGGAACUUUGAGAAGCUGGGGGAGCAGUCCAGGAAUGUGGCUAAUGUGCUCCAGGACAUGUGUGGCCUUCAGCCUGGGGACAGGAUGAUGCUGGUGCUCCCGCGGCUCCCAGAGUGGUGGCUGGUCAGCGUGGCAUGCAUACGGACAGGGGCUGUCAUGAUCCCAGGUGUCUCUCAGCUGACGGAGAAGGACCUCAGAUAUCGGCUGCAGGCGUCCAGGGCCAAGUCCAUUAUCACCAGUGACUCCCUGGCUCUGCGGGUGGGUGCCAUUAGCGCUGACUGUCCCUCCCUCCAGUCCAAGCUACUGGUGUCAGACGGCAGUCGGCCAGGCUGAAUGAACUUCAGGGAACUCCUCCAUGAGGCAUCCACAGAGCACAACUGUGUGAGGACCAAGAGUCAAGACCCUCUGGCCAUCUACUUCACAAGUGGCACCACCGGGGCCCCCAAGAUGGUUGAGCACUCCCAGGCCAGCUACGGACUGGGUUUUCUGGCCAGUGGAAGACGGUGGGUGGACUUGACCAAAUCGGACAUCUUCUGGAACCCGUCUGACACUGGCUGGGUAAAGGCAGCUUGGACCCUCUUCUCUGCCUGGUCUAAUGGAUCUUGCAUUUUUGUGCAUGAGCUGCCCCGAGUCGAUGCCAAGAUUAUUCUGAAUACUCUCUCCAGAUUCCCGAUCACCACCCUCUGCUGUGUCCCCACCAUCUUCCGGCUCCUGGUACAGGAGGAUCGCACCAGGUACCAGUUUCAGAGCCUGAGGCACUGUUUGACUGGAGGAGAGGCACUGAAUCCUGACGUGAGAGAGAAGUGGAAGAGCCAGGUGGGCCUGGAGCUGCAUGAAGGCUAUGGCCAGUCUAAAACAGUUUUAAUCUGUGCCAAUUCAAAAGGCAUGAAAAUCAAGUCUGGAUCCAUGGGGAAAGCAUCUCCACCUUAUGAUGUGCAGAUCGUGGAUGAUGAGGGCAACAUCCUAUCUCCAGGAGAAGAGGGGAAUAUUGCUGUCCGAGUCAGGCCCACCUGGCCCUUCUGUUUCUUCAGUUGCUAUUUGAACAAUCCUCAGAAGACAGAGGCAUCAGAACGAGGGGACUUUCACAUCACGGGGGACCGAGGCCACAAGGACAAGGAUGGCUACUUUUGGUUCACAGGAAUAAAUGAUGAUGUGAUCAAUUCCUCAAGCUACCGGAUUGGGCCCGUUGAAGUGGAAAAUGCCCUUGCUGAGCACCCUGUUGUUCUGGAGGCUGCUGUGGUCAGCAGCCCAGACCCCGUCAGAGGGGAGGUGGUGAAGGCAUUUAUUGUCCUUUCUCCAGCUUACUCCUCUCAAGAUCCUAAGAAACUAACCCAGGAGCUCCAAGAGCAUGUGAAAAGGGUGACCGCUCCAUACAAGUACCCCAGGAAGGUGGCCUUUGUUUCAGAAUUGCCCAAGACGGUUUCUGGAAAGAUCCAAAGGAAUAAAUUGAGAAGCCAAGAGUGGGGGGAGUUGAGAGGCAACCCCCGAAAGGCCCGAUAGGCCUCUGAAGCUUCUAAGAGG